UAUCGACAUUGUGACUAUUAUAAUGAAGAUGAUGUGGCAGGAGCGGACACAGCACAUAGAGGCCACUUGAUCAGAUGUUUCCUUCUGAAAUGGAUGAUGGCCUUGAAGUAAGCUUAGAUGCUAAUUUGUUGAAUGACUUCUUUCAAGAUGGUGGCAAUGCUGUUUCCUCAAUUGCCGAAGAUGAUGGGUGUUUCCAAGAUUCAGCCUUUAACUGGGCAGACGACUUCAUCUCAUCAGCCCAGGAGACUGAGGAAGUCCAGUCCUCAGUACAGUCUGCAUUAUCAUCGGUUAACAUGGCACCUAACCAGUCAAAGGUUGCCAUGGAUAUUCCCUCUCAAGUAUCAUCCACAGUGGGUCAUCAUCGCAUCCUGCAGCAGCCGUCCAGCACUAUCACAUCACAGCAGCUUCUACAGAACUCUGCUGGUAUUAUUCAGGGGAUUGGAGGACAGCAGUUCAUCAUAUCUCCUUCUGGAUCCAUUCAGCUGCCGCAGGCCCAGAUAGGUCAGCAGUCGCUGUCUAAUCAUGUCACCAGUCAGCAGUUCAGCAUUCCAUCACCACUUGUGAGCCGGUCCCUGACCCCAAGUCAGAGCCCUGCUCCCUCGCAGUCUCCCCACAACAGAUCUCUUACACCUAAUCAAACGCUGAUUAAUCACAAUAUUAUUCAUAACCACACUGCAGCUUCCUCACCCAAUGUCAUUCAGUUCUCUAACAAUGCUCAGCAAUCCCAAGCACAGGUGCACAUGGCCAGUGCUGUUCCUGUUCAGAAUAUUAUUCAGAACGCAAAUCCUAAUGCAAAUAUUAUGCAGGGUCAAGCUGUUGUUCACACCCAGAAUGCAGUCAUUCAGAAUCCUAAUGUUGUGAAUGUUAACGUGGCUCAUGUCUUGUGCAAUAAUUCACCACAGACACAACUGCAAGGUGGUAUUCAGGGACUUCCUGUUGCAGUCUCUAACACCAACAUUCAUGGGAAUCCUGUCAGUAUACAAGGAACCAUUAUUCAGACUCCCCAGGGAAAAAGCAUAUUGAUCCCCAAUCAACAGUUGGCUGGUCAACAAAUUAACUUACAGAACUUUCAACAGCUGCAGAUGCAGCCACAACAGGUACAGGUCCAGUCCCAACCAGUUCAGAUCCAACCUCAUCAAAUUCAAGUAAAUCCACAGCAUGUGAAUCUGGGACAACACAUCAUGUCUAACAGUGGGACGCUAGUCCAAAAUCAGCAAGGUAGUCUAUCAUUGGGAAAUAUUAUUAGACUUGCUGCUCAGACAGGUCAGGACAAGGGUACGGGUCUUCCACCAAAUAUCAGUCUUAUAAAUUUGCCAGGUGGUCAAGGUCAGCAAAUUCUCAUCCAGCGAACACCAAAUCCCACUACAGGACAAACACAAAACAUUGUGCUGCGAACAAUUUCCCCAAAUAUUGUACAAAUUCAAAACCCAAAUCAAAGUGGACAAGUUGGAAACGUGUCUGGAACACCAAUGCAGAUAGCAUCGAAUAUAUCUCAACAGAUUGUGAACCAGAACAAUCAAAGUAUUCAGCUUCAGCAAGUGUUUUCUGGAGGACCCACUCAGCAGAUGAAGCUGGGAAAUCAGCAGGCACCUCAGCAGAGACUACAGGCUGGUACUGUGACUUUGAACUUGGCUGGUCAGAAUAUUAAUUUCCAGCAGAUGGCAGGAGCCAUGCAGGGAAUUCAGUUGGUUCAGCAGACACAGAACUCGAGUGUGCCAUCAAGUAUUUCAGUAACAGCUCCAAGACCGUCCAUCUCCUCUAAUAGUGCUAACCAGUUAUCUAAUAUUGUAUCGAAAGCUUUGUUAUCUUCUGGCAUUAGUCCGGCUAUUAAUUCCCAGAGCACACUUGGUCAUCUCGAUACCAAUAAUUCUGGUAAAUUAUUAAAUAAUCAACCUUCAGUUAACAAACAACAAAAAAACCCAAAGCAAGUAGAUUUACAAGUUCAUGGAAAUUCUGUGCCAUCUUUGCAGAAAGUGCAAAUACCAGUUUCUCAGUUUAUAGCCACAGCCUUUAAUUCUGCUGGAAUUAGUACUGUACAGUCAACACCAACUCCAGCUACGACGACGGUAUCACAGUCAUUUGUUCAGAUUCCCUCUCAACUGACAGUUGCCAGCAGCUUACCUUCGUCUCAGACUCUGUCUUCAGUGUUGACAACCAGUGCAUCCCAGCUGGCUGGAUCUGAGCUCAAAAUCCAUCAAGUUGCUUCAAAUUCAAACAGAAAUACUCCUCCUGUUGUUUCUGUUUCUGCAAUGCAGGCUCCCAUUGCAAGUAAUAAUGAGCACAUGCAGAGACUACAGAAUGAAAUUUUAAAACUGUCGAUGCAGAAAAAGUUAACACCUGAACAAAAGCAGUGUUUACAGCAGAUGAGUAACUUGCAGAAGCGAAUGGCUCAUCCUGCUCCAGUCCAAACUGUUGUGAGCAGUGCUGUGCAGUCUAGCAAUGUAUCCGCGGGAACUGCACAGCCAUGUCCUGUCUCGGUAUCUACUGGUGCAGCAAAGUUCCAGCCUCAAACCAAAUUAACAGUACUCAAAGACCAACAAACUCGUAUAGCUUCACCCAUGCAAUCCAUAGCAGUUGUUACAGGGGCAACUGUGUCAAAUAAGAAGCAAAUUGUGAAGGAAGAGCCAAGUCCUCGGUUGGCAGUGCCACUCUGUGAUAAGACAUUGGUAAAGUCUGAACCAGUUAUUCAAAUGUGUAUGCCACUGGCAGGACAAAAAAUGGUUAAAGUGGAGCCCCAUGUUGUUAGCACAUCAUCGCUUUUGUCUGAUUCUAACCCUGUUUCUGCAGUUUUGUGUACCCGACAAAAUGUAGUGAUACAGUCUUCAUCAGUGGGAACAAAUCUUGUGAGGAUGUCUGUACCUCAGAUGGCAUCGGCUACAGGAAGCACAAAUGUUAGUAGUCAGCAAAUGAAGAUAAUACACCAGACCCCACUGAAGAAAGUGGUUCCUGUAACACAGACUCAAGUGAUUAAGAUACAUCCAACACCAGUGUCCAGCAGAACCACUGUUUCCGGAGGAGUAGUCAGGAAUAUUCCUCCAGGAAAGGUUCCAAUAUCGGCUACUCCAACUGUGCCAACACAGAUCAAAAUUGCAAACCAGACAUUGACACUAAAUCUGACUGCCCAGCAGAAGGAGAAACUGCUAAAUCAUCUAGCAAAGAUGACCCAAGAACAACAGGAGAUGUUCCUUGAGCAGCAGCAGUCUAUUCUUCUAAAGCUGCACCAGCAACAUCAGGCCCAGGCCCAGGCCCAGGCACGCACAGUGUCACAACCACAGGUGCAGGCGACACCCAUUGAAGCAAAGCCACAACUCUUAGUGGUCAGUCCAGCUGGCAAGAUACCCACCACUCAGCUUGAUAAGGGUACAGGAGUAAACCAGAUCAAGGUUAUCACACAGACGGAAGCCAGUGGUCAGCAGAGUUCUCCAACAAAAGGACUGAAGCGACCGGCAACAUCAGAUGGUCAUGCAGUUUCUCUAAUCCACCAACAGCUGGGUAAAGAUCAGAUACAUGCGACAGCACCAGACAAAAAAUCUCCAUUUAAGAACAAUCGUGAAGCUGUACGCAGGUUGCUGAGAUACCAUGUAUUUCAGUCACCUGGCCCACCGCAGAAAGCAUUUGAUAAAGCGGAUAAAUUGUUUGAACAAGUGUCAGUUGACCUGCUGAGAAAAAGUGAUGCUAUGAAAGCCAAAUUUCAACUUCUGCUGUUUGAUGAAAGUAUGCGACAAAGUCCAUCUGCUGAAAUGGUGAUGAUCCAUAGGAUGUUAAACCAGGAUUUGUCUGUCCUUUUAGACAAGGAGAAAAAGAUUGUCAAGAACGAUCCAGAUGACUUUGAGCCGAUGCCCUUAAAAUAUUUGAAAUUGGAUAAGGAGGAGACGUCAAAAAUUGAUAAAGACAUUGCUGGAGAAGACAUUGUGAAGUGUAAAAAGGAGUCUGAUUUAGAACAUAAUACAUGUGAAAAUAAGAAAGUCAAUCCUUUACCAAUUGAUUCUCUAAAAGUGUCGGUCAAGUCUUCCCCAGCUCAUUCGCCAGGAAGUAUGAAACUGGUGAUACGGAAGAAUGAUGGCCAGGGCUUCACCAGCACACUCCAGAAUGAAGAGGAGAAACUAGACAGUGUAUCAGGGGCUUUUUCUGUGAAACAAGAACCUGAAAUCACUGCCGUUAAUGGAAUAAACACAGACUCGUGUUCAUAUACAAAAACUAAGAACAAAUCAGAAAGUAAUAACAUAUUGCUAGAUCAUGUUCACUCUCCAGAAAAGGCAUUUUCGUCAGAAAAUGUAUUAAAAUUGGAUUCGGGAAAUUCCAAAGACUUGUUGAACGGGCAACAUGAAGCUGGUUCUCACUGUGUUAACGACCUUGCGCCAUUCCAUAACCUGGGUGAAUCCCUGGACGAGGAGCACGUGUCUGACACGGGUGAUUCUCAGAGGGCAUCUGAAAGCAGCCAGCCGCACUACAGUGACAUCAGUGUCACCGAUCUGUCUGGCGAGUACAGCACCAUGCUGUCUCCUGUGAGUAACCAGUCAUCACCGCGGUCACAGGCAACCACAGCCACAUCACAGCCUUCGCAGAACUUCCCUUCUGUGUUUGCUUUCAAUACAGAUCUCUGUUCCAAUCAACAGAGUGCCAGUAUGUGUGGUGAUGCUGUAAACAGCAACGCAGCUAAUAGUUCAAUUAAGACUUCAGUCACAGAUCUACCAUCAAUGGAUAUGGAAAAUUCAUCAAUAAUAUCCUCUGAUUUAAGCUUUCUAAACCGAUGUGAUGAGAUGCCGUUUACCACCAAUUUGUCUUCUGGCAAUGGUGGUGGGAACGAAGUACAAAGUGCAGUUUACAGCAUCAUGGAACUUGAAGAUGUUAGUAGUGAUAGUAGUGCUAUAGCAGAAGAACCUGUGGACAAGACGAGUCUUGGUAAUGUGCCAGUCAAACAGCCGGGGAUACUAAAUGACUCUUCGGUGUCACCAGUUCAGCCCGACUUCUCGGCAGAUGACGAAAAUGAAGCAUCUGGAUCUAAUGGACUGGUGAAUAAUGAAGAUUCAGAACCUGUUAAUUUAGAUGCUUCUUUUGAACUAGACACAAAUGACCCACAAAAUGGCAUGAUGAAUGCUCAAAUGCAAAAUGCCAUUGAGAGCAUUCUGGGUCUCAACCAGGAUUCAGAACCAGCUGAAGAUAGUUACUGUAAUGAUCAAUCAAACUUUGCUUCUGAUUUGAAUGACAGUCAGGUGUCCGAGUCUAUGGACACAAGUCAGGACAGUGACUGUAUUGUAGAGGACAGUGAGACGGACUUCAGGGAGGAUUCAUUGGUUACCAGUAGUGCAGAGAUUUCAGAAAACCACUCAGUGGAGGAUGAUCUUGAUGCUGCAGUUCAGAGUAUCCUAAUGUGAGACUGGUGCUAGUGGGUGGACUACAAAGAAGUGCUUUCUCAUUGGUCUCAAUGUGUUCCGAUCAGUAUUUUUAGUUCAUUUUAUUCAUCUGUUAACAUUAUGUGUAAUCAUAAUCAUUCUUUUUCAAAAUCAUAACUCGUUCUGACAUUGUCAUACUCUGCAGUCAAAUCUCAUCUCGAGUGUCAAGAAAAUUGUAAUAUAUUGUGACAUGUUCGAAAACAUUUUGGUCAUAACAAGGUAUUAUCAUUUCUCACAACACAGAAUUAUUAUACACAUUUCUCGAUAUAUAAUACUUACCCUUUGUCUUAACAAAUGGUUCAUGGUAUUGAUAAAUUUUAAGUGUGAUUAAUAUUUAAAAACUUGUGUUAUGGUAAUCAUCUUAAUAGGCACUAGUAGUGUGAAAGGCUUUAAGCAUAUCACCAUCAAGUAAUAUGUGAAUGUACUUGUUGCUUCACAUUGUUAGCCGUUGUAACACAAUCUACCAAGUCGAGAUGCCCAUCAGCUAUGUAUAAAUUUCCACAUCUGUCAGACCUAAGAGUUUUUAACAUGUUCAGUAUAACCUUGCCUGGUAUCAUUAUCUGCUCUGGACAGAUCUUUACAUGCGCCCAUGACAAGCAAUAAAUCAUGAGAUGCCUAGUUGUGGUUUUACCACAUACUACUUUUAUUAUCUACAUUCAGGUCUGUAUCUUCUUUAUCGAUUGGUUGAUUAGUUACUAGCUAAAAUGCUACCUGGUUUGAACUGUAUAUAUGCAGUGUCAUUAUGCCCGAUCUACAAAUACCCAGCUAGGCUCUGCAUUUCUGGGUGAGCAGAAAAUGUGGUUAAAUUAUCUGUUAAAAAAUAUAAUUGCAAACACCCAUGGAGUUAUUUCUUAAAAUGUCAAUUAUUACAGGAAUUUAUUCUGCCAAAUUAAAAUGAGAUUUGCCAAUUGUUUCUAAAAUUCACAAUUGGUGAAUUUGGUAAGUACCAGAGCGAGCCUUGAUUUGGAUACUAUAUGGCAAUGAAAUAUAAAUCAUCACUCAAGUUGCAACUUGAGAAUUGGGCACACACAAAAUUAUUUCCCUGAACCCGUUUUAAGAAAUUUGGAGUCUUUGAAAACAAAAUUGAAGAUGAGAUUAUUGAGGCAGUUUUGUUUUUAGCUAAAUAUCUGUUUUUUCAUAGCCACUUCUAUUGAAAUGAUCAAUUGUCUAAUUUGGGUGUUGGUAAGGGAAUCCUUACGCAGGGCUAGAAAUGGCGGCCUGUGAUUUUUAGAUCUAGCAGGUGAAAUAAAAAUUCACAUGCUAAAAUUACCAAAUAAUUGCAGGUCGUAUAUAAUAUACGAUAAUGCUCUAAAAUACACCUCAGAGUCCUAAUUCUCCACACACUGUCCCAAACACUGUCUUAUUUCCAGUUCACCAUAUUUUUUCUUGGACCAUAUUUCUUUUGGCUUUCGGUUUUAAAAAAUAACAACAGGCAAUAUUUUACAUCCUAUUCUAUCUGUUAAGAGUAAAAUGAUUGCACCUUGAUUGUAAGUCAUAAGGUGUCAUACACGUACCGUUGAUUUUUUUUUUUUUUUACAUUUAUUAGACCGACACUUGACCUGCAAUGAUCAAUUUCUUUUUUAUCGCUUUUGAUACUGAUUUACAUAUAAACCACAUUAACAUAUUUCAUACAGUGCUUGCUUACUGAUGAGCAUUUUGAUUGGUUAAUAUGUUUGAUAGAUUUAUUUUGUAUUGCCUGUGGUUUAAUGGGAAUAAUGGAUUUUUUGUUAGUGUCGUUUUCACAAAAGCUAAAUAAUUUAAAAAAUAAUUUUGUGUGAAAAUGCUGAAUGUUUUAAUUCGGAAUUUUGAUGAAUAGCAGAUAUGUUUACUUCUACAAUCUUUUACCUGUUUAAAUGAAACUAUUUUGAAUAAUUAGACUGCAAAAAAAUUAUAUUUAAAAGUGUUGUACAAGAUUAAUGAUUUAGGUAUUUCCCACACAUGUAUCCGAAAGAAAUAGACCAGGUUUUUAAAAUACAGAGAACAAAAGAGCUCCAUUAAUAUAUGAAAUCUUAAGCAAACUUUAAUUAUAAUGGCAUUGUGUAAUCUGUGAUCAGUUUGUGAUUUAUUCAUACUGAUCUGCAUUUGUUUGUUAUACCUGACAGUAUUACAAUUCAACAUUGAUUUUUGCAAUGAUAAUUUGUGUUGCUAUAUUAAGAUAUAUUUUAGGGUAUUUUUGGGUGCAGAGCAAACGGAAUAGAGGGUAAAAUCAAACAAAUAUAAAAUGCGAAUGAAAGUUAUUUUAAAUGAACAUCACUGAUAUUAAGAUGAUUAUUUUCAUUCUUUUAUACUUGUUUAGUGGGCAGGUUUGUUUAGUGUUUUAACUUCUUUUUUCCCCCUUUCUAUUGUCACUUAUCAGGAUCAGUAAUUAUUUAGAAGCGUUUGCAAGUAUUUAUUUUUUAUAAGCUGACAAUCAAUAUAAAUUUCAAGUAUCUUUGUUAGUUCAUUUAAGGAUUGACCAUGGUAUUAUGUGUGAAUGGGAAACCAUGUGGUAGUCGUGGGGAUAGAGUUCUCCUGUUCUUGGCAAGUUUAAAGAAAGAAAAGGCUGUGCACCGUGUUUGUACAUUUCUUCAGCCGUCAUAUUUGGUGUGUUCCUGUGAAAACCAUGUGGCGAUUUCGUCUAGAGUGAGGAUAGAAUUCUGCUGGUGUCGCCACAUCUUCUGCUUUUAAGACUGGCUGUAAGGGAUCAUUUAUAUAUUUUCACACAGACAGAAUGGAAGAUACCACAGCCAUUAAUGUAAGUCAUGGAACACUGAUUGGAAUGGGGAAUCUCCAGAUGGGUCUAUCCACAAGGGAGGGGAUGCAACUCGUACAACUUCACUAGUAAGCCACACACCCUAAGACUGUUGGGACUCGUAGAUGAAUUAUUUUAACAGUAUACAGGUAGCUGGUGAAUGAAGUAAUUAAAAGCAGUUUGACAGACAAUUUUUAAAAUUUAGUUUUUACCUGAUGGUCGAUAGAUUUAUUUUACAUUUGGAAUACAACCUUAUAGUAAUAUGUGCAUAGUCUUAGAUUUUAAAAUAAACUUUUUGAUUAGUUUGAGGUAUCAAAAACGUUUUGCACAAUAACGACACAUGUCAAAACAAUGUAAGUAGGAAUACAAUAUCAGUAGACAUCAGGGUUGAAAAUUGGCUACGGGCGACUAAGAAUUUUACAAAGGUAGUCCGUUGGGCGACCAUCGAUUUUAGAGUCUGGCAAAUAUGGUACCAGUUAAGAAAGAAAUGCACUGAAACUGAAUCGAAUGACCAAUGUGACAAAAGACUGUCUCUGCUGGCGUGAACUAAUGAUCUGGCAGGAGACGAUAUUAUAGAACAUGUUCUAUAUUUUGACAGCGCGGGACUGACCAGACUCGGUGUCAGGACUAGUUUGGUCUGGGGCUGUAAACAAAUGUAGCUCAAAACAUAUUGCUGACACUUAAAUUGUUUUUUUAAAGUCGUCAGCUUAUUGGAAUGGACUGGAUAUGCCAUAAUUAUCUAGUAGACUUACUUUUUGACAUUAUUAAAUGUUAUGGUACAAAUUAAUCCUAUUUAAUUAGCUUACUAGUAUUUUAUUCUGGGACAAAAUCAAAAUUUAUCUUGUAAUUUAACUAACACUAACAAUGGAAUUUUCUUUUACUACAGGGAUUAUUCCAAGUCGGUUAAUUGGCAUGUAAAUCUAAAAUUCAUAUAAAAACAUUAAUUUAUUAAAUUGUAAACUCAUACCAUCUGAAAUAAGUUCAGUGUAAAUAAUAAAAAAAAUAUAUUUAUAAAACUGCAUAGGUUAAAUCUUUUCUCAUACAG